AUGAACAAAAAAGGAGCUAUCGGUUCGCAAAAGAAACGAAGGGAAGUCAGUCCAGAAGAGUUUCAAGCCUUGAUCACGGAGCUGCGCACAAUGGUUCAUGAGAAGUGUAUGCCGUUGCCCGAUGAACCGGAAUACUGCACUUCUGAAGAUACAGUAAAUACUUUGCGAUCGAAAAUGGUACCGCUCCGGUCUAUGAGUAUCCGAAGCCAUGCGGGGUUUGCGCCGGAUUGGGCCGAUUCCGUGCGUGAAAUGUUCGAUAUGCGCGACGUGACCGAUACGUCAAGCAAAUCCAAACAACCCCUGGAAACUGAAGCGUUCCUGAACAAAUAUCCCGGAUACCAGUUAGCUUUCGCCGAUUUCUCCUUCUCCUUCGCACAUCCCGAUCGUUUGACAUUACUAAGUGGACUCCAUCUGGCUCCGCGUACAACUUCAUUCUGGCGACCGACCGCAGCUGAGACCGCUAAGUGGAAAUUUGUUGCUCAGUCCAAACAAGCUGCCCGACAAUCGGCAGAGGCCACUGGAAGUGGUGCAAUCACAGCUUCUCGUCCGGUCAAACUGGCCACUGGAGUGACUGAUUAUCUGUCCUGUGCGGAUUCAAGGAACACUCUGUCUCAAGCGGUUUUACCUACUGGCUCAUUUACCCAAGACGGUGGCGUCGGCGAUCAUGUGAGCAAUCAGUCUAAAGAUAUGGUUCGUCCGGCACCUCGUGCCGCAGCUCGUAAGGCGGCGGACACGUUAGAGGUUAGGAAACGGUUCUCCAAGGAUCAAGUUGCGGAGAAUUUGGAUCAACUAAGAGGACUGCCCCGAGAAUGA